GGCCCGAUCCAUUUUUUUAAGGAAGUGGUUGUUGGCCUCGGCCUCCUAAAGUCUACAAUUUACAACUUUGAUAAGUAAUAAGUGGCGAUUUUCUUUCAAAGAAAAAGCCUUUGGUCACAUAGAAUCAAGAAACAUGGCUUCGACAACGGGUGGAGAUGCAGGUGGUGCCAGUGGAGGUGCUGCUGCACGAAGGGUCCAUGGGCCUGCAACAUUGGCAGCUCUGCAGUUUGUGGCUGGUGGCUGUGCAGGUUUUACUGAAAUUUCCAUUAUGCAUCCUUUGGACCUUGUGAAAACUAGAUUCCAGAUACAACGGGGUGUUGAUGAUCCCACAAGAUACACCUCUAUCUUCGAUUGUUUUAAAAAAAUGUAUAGACAGGAGGGGGCAUUGUCAUUCUACAAAGGGAUUUUGCCGCCUUUGUUAGCAGAGACACCAAAGAGGGGAGUCAAGUUCUUCACCUUUGAACGCUACAAACAUAUGUUUGCCAUCGGGGACUUCAUACCUCAACCUAUCGUUUUAACCCUGGCAGGUUUGGCUGCUGGUAUCACGGAGGCCAUUGUCAUCAAUCCUUUUGAAGUUGUCAAAGUGAAGCUGCAGGCAGAAAGGAGUAAAUUUACCGAGCAACCCAGCACAAUCAAAACAGCCAGAGAAAUUAUUGCCAAGGACGGAUUUGGACUGAAAGGACUCAACAAGGGCCUGACUGCCACUUUUGGGCGGCAUGGAGUAUUCAACAUGGUCUACUUCAGCUUCUACCAUAACGUUAAAGGCUUGAUUCCAGAACGAAAGGACCCAACAGCUGACUUUGUAAGACGUUUUCUUAUUGGACUGGCUGCUGGGACGUUGUCCUCUAUGGUCAACAUUCCGUUUGAUGUGGCCAAGAGCCGGAUCCAGGGCCCUCAGCCUGUGCCGGGACAGAUCAAGUACAAAAGUUGUUUCCAGACAAUCGCGCUAGUCUACCGAGAGGAAGGCUACUUUGCUUUGUACAAAGGAUUACUGCCAAAAGUGCUUCGUCUUGGUCCAGGAGGUGCCAUUAUGCUGAUUGUCUAUGAGGCUGCUUUUGACUUCUUGAAAAAGAUGUGAGGGUCCACAGUGAGCACUGGGAGAGAAAUGUUGACGGAUUGUUUGAAUAUGAAGGAAACGGAGAGAUUUUCGUGCCUGUCUGAUAAGGCGAAAUCUUCCAUGUGGGAUAAAAAUUUAAAAUGAAAGUAGAUUUUCAUUUCUUGCAUUUAUAUGUGUUGAGGUAUGUGUCUGUAUGGAUCAUUAGUUAAAUUGCGUAUAUUAUAUUUAAAUGUAUGUUGUACAAUCAGUUUCUGGGAUUUUUCAAAGCACACUGGUGAUUUUUUGUUGUUGAUCUUUGCUCACCAAUGAUUGGUGAUUUGUGGUUAAACUUAACAAAAGAUGCUAUUUGAUAUUUUCAUAUAUUCUGCUCUUUUUACAAAACAACAGAAGUUGUGCAGAAAAAUUGAUUGUCUCGUGGGAUUUUAAGGGUUUUUUUGUUUUUGUUUUUGUUUCUGUUUUUUGGGGUUUUUUUUGCCAAAGGUAUGUUUCAGGGAAACUUAAUUUUUAAAAUGUGUUUUGAGUCCAUCAUUUACCUCAGGGUAGCAAUACUUGAAGAUUUUCUGUAGGGUACUUUGAGUUUUGAUGACAUGAUAAAGCCAUAAAAAGGAACUGAACCAUUUUACAAGUUAUUAUAUACAUAAAAAAAUAAUUUGCAUGUUUUGUUGCUCUAUGAAGUGUGUGAUAUUUGAUCUGUGCCAGAAGCACCAAAAAUUAUCAGUAUGUCUGCUAUCUUCUGAAAUGGAGACGAGGUUCAUGAAGUAUUUUUUUUUUUAAUAGAGCUUUGAGAUUCGGUUAUGCAAGGUUUCUCAACGUUUUAUGCUUCGACUCACAUUGUUGAUGUUGAGUGCCAAAUAUUAUACGAGGAUGAUUUGUGGAUGUUACAAAAGGUCAAAAGACGUAAUGCAUGGUAAAACCUUUGCCUGUUGGAUAGGGCUUUGUGGCUCAUCAGUCAAUAAGCCUUGUUUUAGUAUCCCCCUUUACCCCAUCCCACCCCCCCUUCCCAAUCUAAACGAAACCUUCCUUCUUUUGUAACUUUGUCACUCACUGAUUAAUGUUACUGACUCAACGCAAUGGCAUUAAUGUUUGCUACUGAUACAACUCAUUAUCAUUAAUGCAAGCUACUGUCACAGUUGGUUUUUUUUAAAGGAUUUGUUGCAUUUCUGAUAAAAGCUUAUUCUGUCUCUGAGAAUUCUUUUCUUUUUCUCCGGGAUCAGGUCCUUUUUAUAUCAUUUAUGAGUGAGUUGAACUUGCUUUUAUGUAAUGUGACUUUGGAAUUAACUAUUUCACUACCAGGGGGUAUUCCCCACCUGGACUGGGCCUUAUCUGUGACACAUUUUCUGAUUCGUCCACCCUUAGACAAAUUAAAGAAUUUGAGUUCACUUUCAAUAUUGGCCACAUGUAUCAUAUAUGAAAAUAGGGGGGAACUCAUGACCUAUCUCAAUAAGUUGCUAUAAAUAAUCAUUCUUCAGCCUGAGAUUUCAGUUUCGAUUAUUACAAAAGUAGGACGGAAGCAGGAAGUGGAGAGCCAUGAAACACGGCUAGCAGUCCAGCGUUGGGAGUAACAUGAGCUGUGAAACACGGCUCGUGGUUGUGAAAGAGUUAAGAAAAAUGCAGUGGGAAGUCAGUUUACAUAGAGGGUAAGUUCAGUUCUCUGUUUUGUCAGCUUAUCUUUUCCGUGUUCACUGCCAUCAUAUUGGUUGCCAUUUCCCCUAUAUAUCGAAGAUCAUUAAUUUCGUUUCUGAAAUACUUUUUUACAUUUAUUUGCAAUUAGUUGAACUUAUAUUCUAACAGGAAUUCAGUUAGCCCCAGGGCGCUUACAAUUUCUUGUAAGUCGAUCUUUUUGUUUUCUAGUCAUACACAGCUCCUUUUAUUAGUAAUAGAGAUGAUAAAAACUUAAGUUUCAAAGGUACAGUCAAUAUAUCCUAUGGCUCUUGUCUAAAUAUAACUAUCAUAUAGUGGGAAAUGUAAUUAAGAGUUAUUUGUACAAAAUUCAGCAUGUUCUCUUGAGUUGCUCAGAUUUGUCAUGGACCAAGAAGUGAGUGUUGAACAAUUAAAAUCUUACUUUUGAAGUA